AUGGUUUCUGGCGUUAUGGCCAACUCGAUCCUGAUUACAUUGGAAUUUGGGCACGACUCGAUCGGAGACAGCGGAGUUCAGACACUGUCAAACGCACUCAAAACCAACUCGACUUUGACCACUUUGAUCCUGGCUGAGAACUCAAUCGGAUCCAACGGAGCUCAGGCGCUGGCUGAGGCGCUCAAGACCAACUCGACUCUGACCACUCUUUUCUUGAGGGACAGCUCGAUCGGAGACAACGGAGUUCAGGCGCUGUCCGUGGCACUUAUGAUCAACUCGACUCUGACUACUUUGAACAUUUCGGGAAACUCGAUCGGAGACAACGGAGCUCAGGCGCUGUCCGAGGCACUCAAGACCAACUCGACUCUGAUCACUUUGAACUUGUACAACAACUCAAUCAGACCCAACGGAGUUCAGGCGCUAUCUGAAGCACUCAAGACCAACUCGACUUUGACCACUUUGACCCUAGGUGGGAACUUGAUCGGAUCCAACGGAGUUGAGGCACUGUCUGAGGCGCUCAAGACCAACUCGACUCUGACCGCUUUGAACUUGAAUAGCAACUCGGUCGGACCCAACGAAGCUCUGGCUCUGUCUGAGGCGCUCAAGAUCAACUCAACUCUGACAACUUUGGACUUACACCACAACUCGAUCGGAUCCAACGGAGCUCAGGCGCUGGCUGAUGCACUCAAGACCAACUCGACUCUUACUACUUUGGAAUUGUUGGACAACUCGAUCGGAGACAACGGAGCUCAGGCGCUGUCUGAGGCACUUAAGAUCAACUCGAAUCUGACCAAUUUGGACUUGAUGUGCAACUGGAUCGGAGACAAUGGAGCUCAGGCACUGUCUGAGGCACUCAGGGCCAACUCAAGUCUGACCACUUUGGACUUGCAGGGCAACUUGAUCGGAGACAAUGGAGCUCAGGCGCUGUCUGAGGUACUCAAGACCAAUUCGACUGUGACCAUUACGGGCAUCGUGUUUUAG